UACAAUGAAAUCUUUAAUAUCGCAUCCUCAUGCACUUCCAUAGGGAAUCCAUUGAAGCUACCAAAUAGAACUUCAAUGUGCAUGUAUGUUUGAUGUUAUGUCAACGAAAAAAGAAACAUACAGUCAAGUUAGACUCAUCAUAUGACUUGUAGGACUGAGUUAGACUCAAUCUAAAUUUUAAGACUAUAUCAAAGAUUUUCAAGAUAUAGAAUCACUAGCAUUAUGCUCUAAAUGUUGGCAUAAAUAUGACUAAAAAUGCCUUGGCUCUUGUUGACCUCAUUCGAACUGCAACUGACCUUUGUUUCCACAAAUUCGGACAACAAAUCCACAGUUAUGCAAUACGUUCUGGUUAUUUUCAUGCAAAUAUUUAUGUCUCCACUACCCUCAUCAAAUUCUAUGUCAAAAUGCACCUUUUCACUCAUGCCCACAAUCUGUUUGUUGAAAUUCCUCAACCAAAUGUCGUUUCUUGGAACACUUUGAUUUCUGGUUAUGUCCAUGCUGGCCAGUUUAAAAAAGCAUUGUCUCUUUUUACAAAGCUAGAAAGAUCUCAAAUUUGUGCCGACGCGUUCUCUUUCACGUCUGCUAUGGUUGCUUGUGCCCAACUGAGUCUGUUGAAACUUGGUAGUUCAAUUCAUUCCAAGACAGUGAAAUUAGGAAUGGAUAAUAAUACUGUUGUUGCUAACUGCUUGAUUGAUAUGUAUGGCAAAUGCGGAUCUGUUGAACGUGCUGUUCGGAUAUUCUCUGAUAUAGCUGACAAGGAUGUUAUUUCUUGGAAUUCAGUUAUAGCCGCAUGUGCAAACAAUGGAAACAUUGGACUUGGUUUCAAGUUUUUGCAACUCAUGCCUAACCCUGAUGUUGUUUCUUAUAAUGGGCUGAUAAAUGGUAUUGCUCAAGCUGGGAAGAUAGAAGACGCUGUUCGGAUUUUGUCAACUAUGCCGUGUCCAAAUUCAUCAUCUUGGAACUCCGUAAUUACUGGAUUUGUUAAUAGGAGUCGAGUUCCCGAAGCUUUGGAAAUGUUCGGGAAAAUGCAUUUGAAAAACUUGCAGAUAGACGAGUUCACAUUUUCAAUAAUUCUAAACGGAAUUGCUAGUCUGUCAGCGUUAACAUGGGGGAUGCUGAUUCAUUGUUGUACAAUAAAGUAUGGUUUAGAUUCGUCGAUCGUUGUAGGGAGUUCCCUGAUCGACAUGUACUCAAAAUGUGGGCAGGUGAACGAUGCCGAAUCAAUAUUCAACGUGCUUUCUAAUAGGAAUUUGGUAAGCUGGAAUGCAAUGAUAUAUGGGUAUGCUCGCAACGGUGAUUCUGCACAAGCUAUUAGCCUAUUCGAGUUGCUGAAAAUGGAAAGAGAUACAAAACCUGACGGUAUCACAUUUCUUAAUGUUAUAUCAGCAUGUUCACAUAGCCAAAUACCAUUUGAGAUGGGUAUUCAGUAUUUUGAUGCUAUGAUUAAUGAAUAUGGGAUUGCACCGUCCAUUAAGCAUUGUUGUUCAAUGAUACGGCUCAUGGGGCAAAAAGGAGAGUUGUCGAGAGCACAAAAGAUGAUACAUGAACUAGGUUUUGAGUCAUGUGGAGUGGUUUGGAGGUCUUUGCUUGCUGCUUGUGGAACUCAGGAAGAUUUACAUGUAGCAGAGAUUGCAGCUGCUAAGGUGAUUGGACUGGAGAGGGAUGAAGAUUAUGUCUAUGUGAUGUUGUCUAAUAUGUAUGCAUCUUUUGGAAGAUGGGAAGAUGUUAAUGUAAUUAGGAGUCUCAUGAGUAAGAAAAGGGUUAGGAAAGAAGCAGGUUCUAGCUGGAUAGAAGUAAAUAGAUAACUUUGUCCCAUAUGAAAUUACCGUAUAGAAGCAUGUGGCUGAUCCUAAAUACUUAUUUGCUUUCUUCCAGCUUACUGAACAACAGUUAGCAACGUCCCAAAGUAUAGUUCUGAUUACAAAAAACCGUAAGAAUUAGCCAAGGUGGUCUCGCCUAACUCAAUAGGCUCGAUUAAGUCAGAAAACUCAAGAAAUUUUUUAUAGGUUCAAUUCCUUGAUAUGAAUGUUAACAGAGUAAAAAAGCAUCAAACUAAAUACUUUGAAUUUCUGAGAGUUUCAUGAUUAAAAGGAAUAUGGAAAGAAUCAAUGAAUAUA